CGCGCAACUCCACCAGCAGUGGAAACCGCUCGGGUUCUGCUCGCAGCAGUGAGGCUGCCCUUCCCCUCCUGCUGGGCUGCUGCUGGAAGGGCAGCAGAGAGUCCUUCUUCUCUGAGUCUCUGCAGUCCUUCCCUUGGCAGCUCGGAGUACACUGCGGCUCUUCACAUCUCCCCCUGGUUGUAGGGCUUUACAUGCAUGAGUCAUGUCAGCCUGCUUACCGUGCACUUGUGAUGGAUUUUCCAUUCGCCACAAUUCUCUUUGGGGAAGGCUGUAGAGACUAGCAUUCCUGCUCCCCACAGCAGGCAACAGGGGGAUCCUUCCACCUCACAAUAAUCCAGGUGGUCCAGCCUGUGUAGUUUGCCAGCCCUUAGAAGGUGCCUCUGUGUGCACUCAUCACCGUGCCUUUCUGACUUCAUCAUCAGCCUUGUUCUGAAGAGCUCUGAGCAGCGAAAGAAGUGGUCUAGCCAUGCCGCCCACUACAGCAACUGCUAGCCACAGGGGAGCCUGAAAGGUGAAGAGAACAUCAGUAAGCCGGGCAAUGCCUGACAAAAGCUUAUGCCAUGAAAAGAUGAUUGCUUACCUGCCUGACACUCAGGGGUUCUCCCUGUGUAAUACUGUCACAUUCCUGUGUCAGUGCUGCAUGUCACUCUGUGUGUCCCCAUCUAUCAUCAAUUGUGGCCCACUAACAAUCACGGGGACAGGAGCUCUGGGGAAGCCUGAAGUGGGGUCAGCUAAAGCUGCUGACUGAACCUUGGUGGCUAAAUGCUUUAUUCAGUUUGAUGAGGAUCAGAACUGGGACUCUGCUGGAUUGUUAAAGGCUGAAGUUUCCACUGGAGAAAUAAUAGGGCAGAAGCAGAGGCAAGCAUGAGCCAAGGCGUCGCUGACCUGGACAGAACACAGACGUGUGAGACAAGUGGCUCCGGAUCCAGUUGCAGAGAGGUUGGCAGCCUUUAAUUUCCAGGCACAGGUUGGGCAUGGUGCUGAAUAUGGGGAGAUGGCUGGCCUUAGUCAGGGAAUGUCCCUCCUUCCUCUCUGCCCUGUUUCAUAGGAGAAGGCGUGAAGGACCACCAGCUCAGGGGAGGCACCACCCACAGUGGGCUGGCCUCCCAUAUCUAUCAGCCAUCAAGAAAAUGCCUCACCGACAUGCCCAAAGGCCAAUCUGAUGGAAGGAAAUUUUCAGCCUCAGACACAAGAGACACCUCGUUGGGAGUCAAGUAUGGCCCGGGAUUUCUACUUAGCAGGUGCUAUAUUGCCGUGUUUCUUGAAGGAAAGUAUCACAAUAAGAGAGAUACCCAUGAGGGAUCUUGUGAAGGCGAACAGUACUCAAAAGGACUUAGCCUAUCCUGUCUACUUGAUAAAUAAUAAGCAAGAUUGUUUGAGAAAACUCCAGCUCAUUCUAGGGCAGAGGACCUUGUUUGGGUCUGGGGCUGAAGAGCCACAAAGGUACACCAAGCUAGGAUGGGUCAAGGGGAAGCAAGUCACUGUGCUGGGAAGCCUCGAACCUGUGAACGUGUUCCUGGGGAUCCCUUUCGCUGCACCCCCUCUUGGAGCCCUGCGAUUUUCCAGUCCACAGCCUGCGAUCCCCUGGGUUGACUUUAGAGAAGCCACCUCCUAUCCCAGUUUGUGCUUUCAGAACCCAGAGUGGCUCGCCACAUAUCAAAAAGUGCUCCAAGUACAUUACCCUAAGUUUGAAGUCUCAGAAGACUGCCUGUACCUCAACAUUCAUGCACCAGCCCAUGCCAACUAUGACUCCAGUCUCCCGGUCAUGGUGUGGAUACCAGGAGGUGGCUUUGAGACUGGCUCAGCCUCCAUCUUUGAUGGGUCUGCCCUGGCUGCCUACGAAGAUGUGCUGGUUGUGACCAUCCAGUACCGCCUAGGAAUAUUUGGCUUCUUCACCACACGGGACCAGCAUGCCCCUGGGAACUGGGCCUUCCAGGACCAGCUGGCAGCCCUGCUAUGGGUCAAGGAGAACAUCAAGUUCUUCGGUGGAAACCCUGACUCCGUGACACUCUUUGGUGGCUCAGCAGGAGCCAUAAGUAUUUCUAGUCUCAUUCUGUCUCCUUUGAGCACGGGCUUAUUCCACAGGGCCAUCAUGGAGAGCGGAGUGGCCAUCAUUCCGAACCUGAAGGGCCUCGACGAUGAGAAGAGAAAUGACCUGCAGGUGGUUGCGGAUGUCUGUGGUUGCAGUGUGUUAGACUCCCAGGCUAUGCUGAAGUGCCUGAGGGAAAAGUCUUCCUUGGAGUUGCUGAGCCUUGGCAAGAAAACAAAGUCAUUCACUCGAGUGGUCGAUGGUUCUUUCUUUCCUGAUGAACCGCUAGAACUGCUGUCUCAAAAGGCAUUUAAAGCAGUUCCUUCUAUCAUUGGAGUCAAUAACCAAGAAUGUGGUUACAUACUGCCCAUGAAGGACACCCCUGAGAUCCUCCUUGGCUCCAACAAGUCUGUUGCUCUGAACUUAAUACACAUUUUCCUGCACAUCCCUACUCAGUAUUUGCACGUUGUAGCUAAAGAGUACUUCCAUGACAUGCACUCCCUAACUGAGAUCCGAGAUACUUUACUGGACUUGCUUGGAGAUGUGUUCUUUGUGGUUCCUGGGCUGGUCACAGCUCGAUAUCACCGAGAUGCUGGUGCACCUGUCUAUUUUUAUGAGUUUCAGCACCGACCCCAGUGCUUUGAAAACACAAGGCCAGCCUUUGUGAAGGCCGACCACACAGAUGAAGUCCGCUUUGUCUUUGGAGGUCCUUUUCUGAAGGGUGACAUAGCCAUGUUUGAGGAAGCCACUGAGGAAGAGAAAUCGCUAAGCAGGAAGAUGAUGAAAUACUGGGCUAACUUCGCCAGGAGCGGGGACCCUAACGGGGCCGGCCUGCCUCCGUGGCCCAUCUACGACCAGGACGAGCAGUACCUGAAGUUGGAUUUGAACAUCAGUGUUGGACAGAGACUGAAAGAUCAGAGAGUGGAUUUUUGGACGGAUACCCUCCCCCUUAUCAUGUCUGCUUCAGAAGCUCUGCCCAGUCCCGCUUCCCCCUUAAUCCUCUUUUCUCUACCUCUGUCUUUCCUUUUCUCUGUCGCUUUUUAGAAGUCAUCACUGUGUGGUUCUCAAUUUUUUCCUCCUUCUAAGUUUCCCCCUUAACCAUUAUCCUCAUUCCCAGUUGAGCUGCUUUCUGUGGGAAUCUCUGUUCACUAAUCUGCUUUAGCUGCUGUUUUAUGGGCUUAGGGCUGAACCUCAUGAAAUUCUUUUCAAUGUCUAAAAAUCCAAUUUGUCUUAGAAAGUAAUGAGAUUUUUCUCAAUGAGUCUGAAGGAGGCCUGGCCCAUCCCUUGC